AAUGAAGUCCAGUACAUCAAAAGAGAAGGUGUGCGGCGAAAACUCGCGUCACAUUUUCAACAUGAUUCUAAACUCACAGCGACCGCAAUUCGAUAUUAAGGAUAUAGGAAUGUUUCAUUUGAUUGAUGAGAUUGAGCGUCUCCGCAAGCUGUGGAAAGAUUCCGAGGAAUCCAAAAAGCGGCUGAAUGCAGAUAUGAGAGAGGCCGAAGAAGCACUUGCAAAAGCUCGCAAGAAGCUGGCAAUGUUCGAUAUCGAUGUCAAAGACACUCAGAAACAUUUACGCGCGUUGAUGGAAGAAAAUAAGGCGUUGAAGCUCGAUCUAAACGUCUACGAGACUCGUGAAAAGCAGCUGAAAGAUGCGAUGAAGAACGGUAUAUUCAAUAGUCUCACCAAGGAAGACCGCGAUCAGUUCAAGUUUCUUCACGAGCCACUGGUCCGGACAUACUCGAAACGGGUGCAGCAGAGGCAUCCACAUUUGAUGGAGGACACACAGGACGAUGAGGACGAUAGUGAGGUGGAUUACGAUGAAACUGGAGACAGUUUCGAGGAAGUUAUUCAUUUGCGCAAUGGAAGAGAGGUCAGAAGAAGCUCAGCUGCUGGAAACGCAGUUGGUGGCAAGCGGAGAAGCGCGUCAGCACAUGCGAUUACUGCUGCUGCCAAUUCGAAGAGGAGCAGAAGCCGUGUUAUGACAGCUACUAUAGAUGAAGAGCCGAAUGAGGGUGGUACACCUCCAAAAAGAUGCCGUGAUGAUGGUUCUACACCUCAUCAAGAAAUGACAACUACCACCACUACCACCACCACCACUACUAUUCAUAACUCUCGAGCUCAGAACCAGGACCCGCCACGUGUCUCACUUCACCGCCAGCUCACCCGCAGGAGCUUGAGCUGUGGAAGUAUUCCAUCAUGCGAUCAAACACCAGGACAAACCACAAAUAACAUCGGCCUCGGCAUGUCGUCCGCCAUUCUCACCAAAAGCACACUUGAUAUCCGAACCCUGAAACGUGGCACGCCGGCGUGGACUAAUGGAACAACUCGUGACAUCGCAAUGAGACCACACACGUUUAUAGAGGCAGGAAUCAAAGCGAUGCGAAAAUGCGACAAAUGUGCUACAGCCCUGAAGCUCGCCACAUCAAUGAAAUGCAGAGACUGUCACCAGGUUGUCCAUCGUAGUUGCUGCAACAAACUUCAUCUCCCGUGCAUACCACGCCCCAAGACGAUGAUGACGCCGAAAUCCGCAUUACGUGGAGCCAAGCCGGGCGCAGGAGAGUUCCGACUUCAAGAUUUUUGCACAUCUGCGAAGCCAAUGAUCCCGGCAGCAGUUAUUCAUUGUGUGGUUGCCCUGGAGGCUCGUGGACUCACGCAGGAAGGUAUUUACCGCGUUCCUGGGCAGGUUAGAACUGUCAAUGUGCUUUUGGACGAGUUGAGAUCAAAAACGGUACCCAACGUGGGCCUUCACGACGUUGAGGUCAUCACAGACACCUUGAAACGGUUCCUAAGAGAUCUUAAAGACCCGUUGAUCCCAAGAACGUCUCGUCAAGAGCUCAUCGUUGCUGCAAACCUCUACUCUACGGAUCCAGAUAAUGGACGUCUCGCCCUGAAUCGAGUGAUCUGUGAGCUCCCCCAAGCGAAUCGAGACACCCUCGCCUACCUUUUCAUUCACUGGCGCAAAGUUAUCGCACAAUCGAGUCGCAACAAGAUGAACUGCGAAGCGAUGGCGCGGAUGGUGGCUCCGGCGGUGAUGGGUCAUCCAGUGAAGCAAUCGCAGUCCCAAGCGAUAGCUGGCAGAGAUGCCACGGAUUGCCAUCGAGCGAUGACUGCUCUAUUUGAAUUUGAUGAUGUAUAUUGGCAACGAUUCCUAGGGACAUCUGCAGUUUCCAUGGCUUCUAAUCAAAUUGAAACGGCUCGACAUCAGGACAAUUUUGCUCUCUGUGAUCGUAGCAUCCUUGGACCAGUUACAACAUCACCAGCCACUCCCCUGCUUGCUCGGUCGGCCAACGCGACUCGAGCACGUGGUGCUCAUCUGCUGGGGUCGAUGUUCCACGAUUAGGAGAUCGUGAUUAUUUCGAAGCUAUUUUUUUAUUUAUUUAAUUCUCCCGUUUCUCACGACACCAAAUAUGUCCUCUCAUUCAUUUACACAACCGUCCAUAAUACUCGAUUCCGAGCAGCACAUUUGUAAAAUAAAUGCUUAUUAGCCCACUUU